AUGCCUAGCAGCCAAUCGCUCGGAGAAGACCCAGGAAAUACACCACAUACCGCGGUCCCUCCACCUGAAGAUGACGACGAAUGUGGCAUUCAGCAUGACGCUGGCCCAAGAUUGGCUUGUCAAUUCCCUUCAAGUGGAACUCCCACUGCUUUUCACUCGUCUACACUGGGCCAAGAAGAGAGACCGUCACCAUGCAUCUCGAUCGCCACCUUGGCGGACCUGCCUCUGUCCACAGCAAAUACAACCAAUGCAACCCAUUCUCAUUCCGAUAGCAAGGUGCAGUUGAAGGAUCGUGGGGAUCCCAUUGACGUCUCGGAUAGCGAGAGGCAAGAGAGCGAUGACCCUGAUGAUGAUGAAUGGUCUACUGUCGAAGAAUAUGCUAUCUGGCAUCAGUCACGGGUGAGCAGUGAGGCCUUCAGGGAGAAUAUCCAGAAAGCCCGCGACGUGGCUCUCGAGAAUUGUCUCGACCUCAAGCAGAUUCACGAGGAUCAAGAUCCGGAAUUUUUUGUUAAACAUGGGGUGAAAGCAGGGGCCGCACGGCGGUUCGUUAGUGACAUUGCCCAAUGGGUGAUGCGACAAGGCAACGCAAAUGGCCGUGAAGAGUAG